CAUAAACUAUCUCAAUCAUAACACCAAAUUCUUCACAGUUCUUCAUACAAAGCCUAUUUCAUUCACACAUUCCACCAUUUCUUCCCCACAAUAGCAUAACCUUAGUUUGAUCAAGGGGGAAUACCCGAAGUAUAUAUAAGACAACAGCGAUAUGUCCGGUGUGUGGGUGUUCAAGAACGGCGUGGUUCGGCUGGUGGAGAACGUAGGGGGAGAAUCCAUCACAGGCUCGAACAACCAGGGUCAGAAGAAGCUGCUGGUGUACACGCCAACAAACGAGGUGAUAACCUCAUACGAGGCGCUAGAGAGUAAGCUAGUAGCACUCGGGUGGGAGCGGUACUACAAUGACCCGGAUCUCCUACAGUUCCACAAGAGAUCAACCGUCCACCUCAUCUCCCUCCCCCGUGAUUUCUCCCGCUUCAAGUCUAUGCACAUGUAUGACAUCGUCGUCAAGAACCGCAACAUCUUCGAGGUCCGAAACACGUAAACAAACAUAAUGCUUUGACGAGGCCCUCUUUGUCAUGGUGGAGACACUGACGGCACACGAAUAAGUAAUACCCCGUGUUUAUGAAAACCAUAUAUAUAUAUAUAUAUAUUAUGUGUGUGUAAGCUUAUAUGUAUUCAUAUAUAAUGAGCGUGUGAUGUGAAAAUUUAAUUAGGGGUUAGGGAAGUGACUGAUGAUCAUGAUGAAUAAAUUGUUAUUCGUGUUCUGGGGGUUUCGCUGACCAUUAAAAUGGUGAUCUAUGUAUGCGUGUUUUCUUGUGGCUUGUGAUCUGUAUAUUAUUCUCUACAUAAUUGGUUGUGCUUAUUAUUGACGAACAUACCGUGAGGUAUCU